AACAAAGCAACCGAUUCCAAAAAGCAACAGAAAAAAAUUUAUAUAAAAAAACUAAAAACAACAACAACAAACCAAAACGGUUACAGCACAGCUGCGACGUUCAUCAAACAAAUCGUGUGGCUGCUAGCCACUUCCAGCAACAAAAAUAAAACUACCAACUUGACCAUGUCACCGCUUGUCAGUAAACUCAGCAAGACUUUCCGUUGGAUCCGUUGGUCCACCAUUAUUGCCAUACUCUUCUAUAUGUUCUUCAUUGGGCUAAUAUUGCACGGCACCACCUAUAAACUGCACUACACACUCAAAUCGGUGGGGAGUAGUAGCAGCAGCAGUACAGAGUUGCAUGGUCCUGACGUCCGACCAGCGCAACAUCAACAACAACAUCAACUACAGCAACAAACAGAAGAAUAUGCACACAAAUAUCCAAUAGAGCCAGGAGAAGUAGGCAAAGAAAUAGAAAAACUACAACGAGCAAGUCAAAAGAGGAGUGAGCGAAAGAAGCAGAAACAGAAUCAGAAGCAGCCCACAUCGGUGGCGGAGCAGUCGAGCGCAGCGAACGGAAAUAAUGUGCUGAAUACACCGCCGGAAGCUGGGCUGGCCACAACGUACCAGCAACAGAAAAUGCUAAGGCGUGGCAAAGAAGCGGAAGAACGCGGGGAUAGCACGAUGGCGGUUGGUGUUAGUACCGUUGUGGCUAAUAGUGCAGCUGGCGCUGUGCAACGCGGUGGUAUGCGGCGGCGAGCUGGCAGCAAAUCUAGCGAACCGGAAACUGUUAUUUUAGCAGCGAGCUCCGUGAACGAAAAACAAAUUCUCGAGAAGGUAUUCAAACGUGCCGAUCGCGAUCACAACUCACAGUUGACAAUCCAAGAACUCGCCGUGUAUAUCAAUCAAAAGAUCAUCGAUCACAUUGAGGAGGCAAUACAAAAUAAUCCACGCGAAUUUCAGCGCGUCGACAUAGCGCCCGCUGACGGUUUAAUCACAUGGGAGGAAUACCAUCAUUUCUUUCUCAAAGAGCACGGCAUGACGGAAGCGGACAUUGAUGAGCACAACGAAAUCAAACACACCGCAUUGAAUAGGAAGGCGCGCGAAGAUAUGAUGCGCGAUAAGGCGCGUUGGUCCGAAGCGGCGCGCACCGAUCUUUUUAGUCUGACAAUCGACGAAUAUCUCUCGUUUCGACAUCCAGAAUCGAGCAUAUCAAAUUUACUCGAAUUAGUUUUAAUUCCUUUCUUUUUUCAUCUGCCGACUUAUGGACGUUGCGUGAAAUUGUUGAUGGAUCAGGCAGUAAGUCAUUAA